CGGCCGUAUGUUUAAGAAAUAACCCUGAUAAAAUCUCAAAUAUAACUAAAAUAUAACUCCAAAUAAAACUCAAUAAAAUUCUAGUUAUCACCAGCAAAUGUGAUAACCACCUGGAUCCAGGAAUUUAUUCAAACUUCAAACUUUUAAUAAAAUAAAGUAAAUAAUAAUCUCUUUAUUAUAACAACUGAAAUACUAAAACAAAAUAAUAGCUAGCUAGACGCCGCCAAGGUCGUUCCCGUUAACUCAUAUUGGCACGCGUUCCACUCUCUCAUCGUCUUCCUAGGCCUUGGUCUUACCUUUAGUAUCUGUACAUGCGAAGAAAGAAACUGAUAAGCUUUACGCUUAGUAAGUCACUAUGAAUCCACAAAAAUCAUCUAGAAGUCUAUGCCAAUUUAUCAAUAGAUAAAUUUAGCCUAUAAGCAUGCACUGAACAAAUAACUAACACAUAACUUCUCAAAUACAUUCUGAGGGACAUCUCAAAAGGAAAAUAUUUUUUAAGAUAAUUUCUCAAAACUGCUGGAGAGAUCUCAAAAUUUCUUUCUCUAAACAUCUCUGUAAAACUUUCUGAAAGAGAUCUCAAAAACAACUUCUGUAAAUCUUUCUGGAAAAGAUCUCAUUAAACAUUCUGUAAAACUCUUUGUGGCUAAUUUUAACUGUGGGCCCGUGAUAUGUACUCAAAGGCGCCAAUCCGACAGCUCAGGGGAGCUACCCACUAAACAUGUCGGACUAUCUGAAACUGAAAACUGCUAAUCUGAGGGAACUUGUUCCCGAGUACAUAUCACCUUAUCUUUCACUUUAAAUAUUAGUUCUUUUUAUGGUGACGUUUGAUUAAAAAAACAUCAUCAAACCUGAAAAUAAAAGUACUAACAAACUCUUGACUAUGCCAGAUAAUAAUCAUAACUUAAUACAACAAAUAAAAUAACUCAUCACAGAAUUCACCUAGUUCACCUAGUCUAAAAUUAUCUAUUAAAAAUCAACAAGACUUCUUUCUUUCAUUUGGUUGAACAACCAUGUACAGGUGGUAGUGAACUUACCUGGUAGCAGCUGAACUCAAAAUAUUCAGAUAAUCGUGGCACCUUGAUAACGUAUUCCGGUAAGCUCUUCUCUUAAUCUUUAAUUAAAUAAAAUAUUACAAUUAAAACUCAUUACCCUAUACGCAAAAACUGAAACCGGUUGUGAACCAAAACUCUAAUAUUGAAACUCGAUUUUUCUGCUGCUUUGUGCCCGCCAAAUGAUCGAUUCGAUGGUCUUUUGCUAUUAUAAUCAGAAUUAGUGUCAUUUGGAAAAUAGCUGUCUAACUUUGUUGUUUUUAACCGAAACACAACUUUAUCACCUAAAACUAGCACAACACUCGUAAGGAUUUAGCUCUAUACUAAUCCCAAACCAUUAUAAAUCUAUAAACAAUUGAUCCACUGAAAAUAUAGUAAUCUGAUUUGCCAAGGAUUAAAAAGAAACACUGGAGAUAAUAAAUUUGAACUAAAACUUUACGUAUAACACUUGCAGAAUUUGGAAUAGCUAUCCACAAUGGAUAAUCAAAGUCGGAUUGGGAUUUAUUAUUUCAGAACAUAGUCUUAGGGUUAAUAUAAAAGAGAAUUUGGGUCGAUCACCUCACGGCAAAGCAACAGGUUGCUCUUAACAUCUUUCUCUACGAGUGAAAAGAAAAGUGAGAUAAUUUAAGACGAGAACCUGUUAAUAUAUUGUUGGCCCAAACGUUUUUGUAUAUUAAUAAUGGUCAACACACUUUCUAGCAGCCCACUACACUGUACCCAUUUAUCUAUCUGGCCUAUCAGUAUUUUCUCCUCCCGUUAGAAAAUAAUUCAGCUCUUGUUGAGCUAUUGGUGAGCUGUGUGUGCAGUGUAUUAUUUGAGAGCCCUUCUAAUAAAGCCAAAUACUUCCCUGUUAUAAACACACUCCCUGCCCCUUUGUUCAGUGCGUGAAACUCAGAGUGUUUCCCCCUUCAUCUUGCUCUUGGUGAGUGAAGCUAUUAUCCUUCUUUGUGAGGUGAGAGUCCUUCUUGGAGAGGUUAGUGUGAGUGUUGGCGAGGCUAGUUAGGUGUGUUGCUCCCUUAGCCUAGGUGUGCACAAGAGACAACCGGAAAACCGACGUCCGGACUGCCUGAGCCGGAAUCCGGCGACGGAAUCGAUCCCCAACAGUGGUAUCAGAGCCUAGGGUUGUCUUCGUCGUCGAUUCCGCCGUCUGGAAAGUCUCCGCCGCCGCCAGCCGCCGUCCGCCGUCAAUUCAAGGUCACCGAAGGCUUCCUGCUGUCCCUGGAGCUUGAAAUUGGAAGCCGGUUGCUGCUUAAAUCACCGGAAACCGCCGGAGGGUGCCGCCGCAGAGAUAUCGUUGCUCGCCGAUUUGUUCGUCGCUGGGACCAGAAGGACUGGCUCUGAAGAUAAGAGUCGAGUUCUCGCCGUCGAUUCGUUGGUCGCUGCAGGUGGCCGCCGCAGGGAGUUCUCAUCCGCAGAUUGGCUCGUGGCUGGAGCCGCCUCUGUCGCUGCGGGUUGCUGGUCGUUCGAAGUCGCUGGAGUUCACCGUUCGCCACUCUGAGAAGCCGUCGCUGUGAAUCGUCGCCGGAAAGAGCUUGUCGUUCGUUGCCAGUUUGCUGAGCUCGUUCUUUGCCAGAGAGUGAGGCCUGGGUUUUCAGAUCCGAAGCCUGUUCGUGAGUCUGGAGUCAGGGGCUUGACGCUUGGAGAUCGGACGCUGAGGUCGAAGGUUGAAGUCGAAUGCCUGGACGUCGCGUGAAUCUUGCGCAGCUUUCUCGCGUAGAAGGAAUGCAAGGAUUAGGAGAUUGAAGAGUUUGUCACUUACUUUCAAUUUAUGUUCGUUGCUGGAUACAGAAAGCAGAGGACAGAGGCGAAGCUGGGCCCUGGUACAGCUGCUGCGCUACAGAAGUCAAAGCUAAGGAGUCUGCUUCGUUGGAUUUGUGCUGGGUUGCUUGUAAGCCGCUGGGUUGCUUGUGGACAGCUGGGUUACUGAACAAAACUGGAGUGGGCUGGUGGUUUUGGACAGCUGGAUUGCUAUUGGGCUGCUACACUGUUGGAGGCCACUGACAGGAAGCUGGAAGCAGGUCAAACUCGGUCAAAGCUGGUCAAAUCUCGAUCAAAGGCAGUCAACGGUCCGAAAAAUCCCAAUUUUUAAAUUGGGUGGGUAAGGUCGAAACGCCUCUCCUAGGGUUUCGCUCCGGUAUAUUAUCUUUUAUCCCUUUUAUCGCUUUUGUAGUGAUUUAAUCUUUUAUUGUGUAGAAAUUAUAUUUUUAGGUUUAUUAUUGCUUUUAAAUUGUUUGAAUUGUUGUAUUGUGUUGUGCUGAAAAUUUAUUAUUUAUUUGUGCUUAUACGGAAGAACAAGGGGUUUGAAGUUGAGUUUGGUGCUCAUUAAUACUCCCCAGGUGUUUGUGCUAGUUGCUCCGUAUAGUUGUAGCCUUAUAAAUAUUUAAAUUAUUUUCAGCGAAAAUUUACAUUUUCUUUUGUUGCUUAUUUUUCUCUGUGAAAAUGUCUGCUUAUAAUCAGUAUGGUAUGGCUCCAUUUAAUGGAAAAUCUGAUUUUAGCAUUUGGAAGCAAAAAAUUAAAUGUAUUUUAAUACAACAAAAGUGUUUUAAAGCAGUUGGCGAAACCUAUUUAAUUUCUGACACAGAAGAGAAAAGGGCUGAAAUGAAUGAAAAUGCAUGUUCUGUGAUUUAUUUGAACUUAUCUGACUCUGUGAUUAGAAAAGUUGGAAUUUUAGAAAGUGCUAAAAUUCUGUGGGAUAAAUUGAAUGAACUGUAUACUGAGACCUCUUUGCCUAACCGGAUAUUUUUACUUGAGAAAUUCUUCAAAUUUAGACUAGAUAUGUCUAUAGAUAUUGAAGAAAAUCUAGAUGUUUUUACCAAACUUAUUUCGGAUAUUAAGUUGUGUGGUGAUAAGCAUAUAGAUGAUUAUUCCCCUAUUGCUCUUUUAAAUGCUAUUCCUGAUUCCUUUAGUGAUGUGAAAUCUGCUAUUAAGUAUGGUAGAGAUAAUGUGACUCUUGACAUUGUAGUAAAUGGUCUUAAGAGUAAGGAAUUAGAUUUAAAACAGAUGGGUGAGGGUAGAAAAUCCGAGGAAGUUAUGCAUGUGAGGGGUAGAGAUAAUAAUAGUAGACGACAUAGAUCUAAGUCUAGGUCUAAUUCGAGGCGUUGCUAUUAUUGUCACGAAUCUGGUCAUUUCAUAAGAGACUGUCCUAAAUCUAAGAAAAAUGAGCAUAGUGAGCAUGCUAAUUUGACUACGUGUGAAGAUGAUUUAGGUGAUGUUUUUAUGAUGAAAAAUCUAUGUGAUUAUGACUAUUUGAGUUCUGUGAUAUCUGAUUCUUUGGGUAAAUCAGAUUGGGUGGUAGAUUCUGGUUGUACUUUUCAUAUGUCCCCUUUGAAAAAUGUUUUUUCAAACUAUAGAGAGAUUGAGCAUGGCUUUGUGUCUUUAGCAAAUGAGAAGAAAUGCAAUGUGCUAGGAAUAGGAGAUGUAUGCCUUAGGUUUUCUUCUGGUUAUGUGCUUACUUUGAAGAAUGUUAGGCAUGUUCCUGAGCUGUGUUGUAAUUUGCUAUCUUGUGCUUCUCUUGAAAAUGAGGGUUUGAAGGGAAAAUGGGGAAAGGGAAUCAUGAAAGUUGUGAAGGGUUGUUUAGUUGUUUUCAAAGCUGAGAUGAAAAACAACUUGUAUGUUUGUCAUGCUGAACCCGUACUUGAUUAUGUGAAUUGUGUGCAACCCUGUGUGCUAGGAAAACAGUCUAGAGUUGGUUUUCCUGAUCUACCUAAGUGUACUGAUGUACUUGAUUGUAUUCAUGCUGACUUGUGGGGUCCUUAUGGUGUUUCCACUCAUGGUGGGAAAAAUUAUUUUCUGACACUGAUUGAUGAUUUUUCAAAGAAAGUGUGGGUUUUGUUGAUUGAGAAUAAAUCUGAAGUUUUUGAUAAGUUUAAAAACUGGAAAAUCCUUGUUGAAAAACAAACCGGUAAGAAAAUUAAUUUUUUAAGGACCACUGUCAGUUUUGAUUUCUGUGAUAGUCAGCUUGGUGAUUUAUGUGAUACUUGGGGUAUUUCUAUGCAUAAAUCUGUUCCCUCCACACCCCAACCGGAUGGGGUUGCUGAGAGGAUGGUUAGAACUUUAUUAGAGAGGGUGAGGGCUAUGUUAGCUUCAUCUGGGCUCUCUAAUAAGUUCUGGGGGGAAGCUAUUUGUUGUGCUGUUGAUUUGGUUAAUCUGUCCCCGUCUGUUCCCUUAGGAGGGAAAUGCCCUGAAUCUGUGUUCACGGGCAAACCACUUAACUUGCCAAAUUUGAGAGUGUUUGGUUGUACUGCUUACGUGAAUCGUGUGAAUGAUAAAUCUGAACCUAGGACUAAGGAAUAUGUUUUCUUAGGAUAUCAUGAUUGCAUGAAAGGUUAUAGGCUUUGGUGUAGGAGUGAAACUUGCUUUAAUGUGUUGAUGAGUAGAAAUGUCAUUUUUGUUGAAAAUGAAUUUCCUUGCCUGCUUGUUUCUCCUGAUGUUGCUCCAAAUGAGGUGGAUCAUUUGCCUGUUGAAGUUCAUUCCGAUUUACUUGUUGAAACCAAACCCAAAUUUGUGAAUGAAAAUGUUUUUCAUGUUGAAAAUAAAGAAAAUAAUAUUUCUAUUAAGGUGGAGCAUGAUAUGAAUGUUGUGUGCAAUAUGCUUGAGUUGCGUGAUUGCCAUGUUAUUAGAGAUAGAGACAUUAGGAAGCAUGUGAGAAAUAAUAUGUGCAAUGUGUUUGACUAUAUUUCCUCUGAGUCUGCUUUAAAUGUGCUUAAUUCUCUAUUAAUUAAAAUCUUUGUGAUAUUUGGUAUGCUAUUUUCUUUGGGUUUUGAAAAUAUGAUACCUUAUGAUUAUGUGAGCUCCGCCUGUGCUAGUUAUAGAAAUAAUAUUAUUUCUGGUAUUUUCUUUGUCCUUGUUAUGUGUGGUUGUUGGAUUAGUUGGGAUCCCCAACUUCUCCCGGAUGCUUGCUUGCGUGGGCUAUUAACAUACCUUGUGUUUGUUAAUAUCAUUGUGAUGGUUUCGGUUUUGAACUCGAGGACCUUAUGGUAGAGUUAAGUCCUUUAUGGACUCGGUAAGCUUGGUGAUUUUACCCCGAGAGUACUUGUGUCUCUCUAUUACUUGUAUUGUCUUUGUGAUUGUACUUGUAAUGAUCCGGCAAUGAUGAGUCCGCGGUUCCGUGAUUGUCUAAGUGCACUACCUUGGGCCAAAGGUGGAGAUUGUUAAUAUAUUGUUGGCCCAAACGUUUUUGUAUAUUAAUAAUGGUCAACACACUUUCUAGCAGCCCACUACACUGUACCCAUUUAUCUAUCUGGCCUAUCAGUAUUUUCUCCUCCCGUUAGAAAAUAAUUCAGCUCUUGUUGAGCUAUUGGUGAGCUGUGUGUGCAGUGUAUUAUUUGAGAGCCCUUCUAAUAAAGCCAAAUACUUCCCUGUUAUAAACACACUCCCUGCCCCUUUGUUCAGUGCGUGAAACUCAGAGUGUUUCCCCCUUCAUCUUGCUCUUGGUGAGUGAAGCUAUUAUCCUUCUUUGUGAGGUGAGAGUCCUUCUUGGAGAGGUUAGUGUGAGUGUUGGCGAGGCUAGUUAGGUGUGUUGCUCCCUUAGCCUAGGUGUGCACAAGAGACAACCGGAAAAUCGACGUCCGGACUGCCUGAGCCGGAAUCCGGCGACGGAAUCGAUCCCCAACAGAACCCAUUUAAGACAAUAUAUUUCGAUUGUUACCUGAAGUAGCUUGAUAAUAAAACAAGAUCAGAAGACUAAACUUUGGCACCGGAACAAAGGACAAGCGACACAAAGAGAGAGAAACGGCAUCUUCUGGUAGAGGGAAGAUAAUCCUGCUCCCAAUAUGUGAAAGGCCAAAUAUGAAGGGAGAAAGUGAGUGGACAGGGGUGUGAAUUGCCGUGAGUGAGAAUGCAAAGAUUUAAGGUGCUUCAUUUGAUGCUUGGUUGAGAAUUUGAAGAAUCGGACACGGUUUUCAUUCGAUCGAGAGAGAAGAAGCACUGUGCGGCUAUGGUUGGUGAAAGGGAAAUAAACGGCGUGGAUCUAAUACUCCUUUUUAGGGCUUUUAAUCAAAAUAUUAAUUCGGGCCAAGAUAAUAGAUUUGAGUGCUUAAGUCUGCUAAAAAAAUGUUUUUGAUCCGACUAAAUUACUAUAUUCUCUCUUUCAAAAUGUAUGACAUAGAUAUAAUUUAUUUAUUUAUUUAUUUAUUUCUUUAAUUUGAAUUAAAUUAAGCUUACCGGUCAACGCUAUCAGCCCACAAAAAAUCAUAACACAUUAUAAUACACGUUAUUAUUAAAAUAAUGCAUUUAAUUGAAUCUAAAUUAAUAAUGACUAAUAUAGCUAGCUCUUAAAAUCGGGGUGUUACAUCCUAACCAUCCAUUUCAAUGAGAUUAACCGUGUAUUAAUGUGGAAGAUCCUAAAGUUUCUCCAAAAUUGCCUAACCACGUGGAGUUGGAAAAAAUAGGGAUUACUUCCCCCACUAAUGGUUGGUUGUUAGUGGCCCAUUGAUCUUGUAAUUUUGGACGGAUGAGAUGAAUUUGUAUUUUUUAACCCCGAGAGAGAGAGAGAGAGAGAGAGAGAGAGAGAAGAGAGAGAGAGAGAGAGAGAGAGAGAGAGAGAGAGAGAGAGAGAGAGCGGAGCAGGUGAGAAGUGUUCUUAGGCUACGAACUACAUAGUAAUUUAAAAAGUUGUAAAAGUUACGCAUUUGGCUUUAUAAGUUAUGUUUAACAUAUUAAAAGUUUAUUAGGACAUAUAUGUCUUGGUAAAUAAAUAAAUAAUUUUUUGAUAUUUUUUUUUUUUGUAAAUAUUUUUCAACUACUACUAUGAGAAACAAGUUUAAUAUAAUGUGAGAAAUGAGAAUGAAACUCAAGCAUUAAAUCUAGCCUAUUUUUCUCACUGUGUGUGCGCGCGCACGCGUGGUUCAAAUGAGAAAUGCAUUCAAUGUGAGAAAUGAGAAUGAAUCUCAACCGUCGUGAAUCUCAACCGCCGUUAGAUUCACGAAGUUGCACUAAAAAUGCCUUUAUGUUGCAAUAAUAUUUAAAUUUUGCAAUGUUGCACUAAAACUGUUUCAUGUUGCACAAAUAUUUGAAGGCGUUGCACCGAAAUAGCUUCAUGUUGCACUAGACAAGUGUAAUAUAGAUUUUUCAGAAGUAUUUGCAGAAAUGCCACCGUGCUGGAUUGCAUAUUUCAGUGCAUCAUGUAGUGUCUUUUACCGCAACUUAGUCGAAUCCAAUCGCUGAGAUUCAUUCUCACUUCUCAUCUAAAGGGUUCUUCUCACUUGAACCUUACCCUAUAGGGAGUUGUUCCAAUGAGAAAGGACUCCUAGCUAGGAGAGAAAUGAGAAUGAAUCUAGACUGUUGGAUUGUAUUAUGUGAAAUUGAAUUAUGCAUUUGGUAAAACUGAAAUUUGCAUUAAGUGAAAUUGAAAUGUGCAAAAUGAAAAGUAAAACUCAAAUGUGGAUUACGUGAAAUUAGAAUGUGCAUAAUAAAAGUCGGUUUGUAUAUAUACGUCAUCAGAUUGGCAGAUGUGAAUGUUGUGAUGUGGUGAUGGAUGGUGAGGACACAAGCAACAUUGUUAUCAAGGCGAGGAAAUGCAUGGCAGAAGAGAUUAUUGCUUGAGGAUUGAGGAUACAUGCAUGAAUUCUACAUGCGGGCAUCGAUGCAACAUGGCUAAACUGUACCGAUGAUGACGGAUGAAGUUAAAUUAUUUUGGAAAUAAUUCAUUUCAUGAGUAAUGUGAAUAAUUUAUUGUGUAAAAUUUAAAACUUGAUAUAAAUUAUACGGAGAAUUAGAGUACACGUUUGAUCAUUGUUACAUAUACACAAAUUAAUAUACAAUUAUCAAAUAAGCAUUCCCCAUUUGAUCUUAUCUAA